AAUGCAAAUCACAGUUAACAGCAGAAACCGGCAGCUGCAGCCCCAGCCCCAGCCCCGUCUCUUCUCUCUCACACACUAACACAUAGAAUUGACACUGAGAGAGGCCCGGAGACACAACAAAGGCAAUCAGCAUCUCUUCUGUCACCACUUUCAUCUACACCUAAUAAAAAUAUUAAGAAGAAAUUUUCCUGAAAUAAAAGCGUCUCGAGACCCACCUACAUCUCCAGAUAUUGAUUAACUGAACAUGGAUCGAGAUUUAGAGUUCGAACAUUUUGAUGAACGAGACAAGGGAAUGAGAUACGGCAGAGCGUCCCGGCUGAACGGUUUACCCAGCCCCACACACAGCGCCCACUGCAGCUUCUAUCGGACCCGCACCCUGCAGACUCUCAGCUCCGAGAAAAAAGCCAAGAAAGUGCGCUUUUACCGCAAUGGGGACCGUUAUUUUAAAGGCAUCGUGUAUGCAGUAUCCCAGGACCGUUUCCGCACCUUCGAGGCCCUUCUAGCCGACCUGACCCGGACUCUCUCGGAUAACGUCAACCUACCCCAGGGGGUCAGGGUCAUCUACAGCAUUGAUGGCCAGAAGAAAAUUAGCAGUCUCGAAGAGUUGGUGGCAGGAGAAAGUUAUGUGUGUGCAUCUAUUGAACCAUUUCGGAAGAUGGACUACACAAAGAAUGUAAAUCCUAACUGGUCAGUGAACGUCAAAGCAACCGGAGCUGGACGCACACCAACAUCUAUCAGUAGUAGCAAAGCAAGUGCUGCUGAGGCGAAAGAGAACAAAGACUUCAUCCGCCCCAAGCUGGUGACCAUUAUCAGGAGUGGUGUGAAGCCACGGAAAGCUGUAAGAAUUCUGCUGAAUAAGAAGACUGCACAUUCGUUUGACCAGGUUCUCACAGAUAUCACUGAUGCCAUCAAGUUGGAUUCUGGAGCAGUUAAACGUUUGUACACCUUAGAUGGGAAACAGGUGAUGUGCCUUCAGGAUUUUUUUGGUGAUGAUGACAUUUUUAUUGCCUGUGGUCCUGAGAAGUUUCGUUAUGCACAGGAUGACUUCUCAUUGGAUGAAAAUGAAUGUAGAGUUGUUAAAUCUACAUCAUACACUAAAGUCCCUGGUGCCACUGGCCGAAACACCACUACAAAGAGCCCUGGGCCCUCACGGCGUAGCAAGUCUCCAGCUUCUACUGGCUCAGUGAAUGGAGCCCCUGGCAGCCAGCUUUCUACUCCACGUUCCACCAAAACACCAAGCCCAUCACCAACCAGCCCAGGCAGCCUACGCAAGCAGAAGAGCUCUCAACACAGUGGAUCCUCAACAUCUCUGGCAUCAACCAAAGUUUGUAGUUCCAUAGAUGACAAUGAGGGGCCAGGUUGCGAAGAAGUUGUGGAGGAAGAGUUCCAGGUGCCAGCAUCUAUAGCUGAACGUUACAAAGUUGGCAGAACAAUAGGGGAUGGAAAUUUUGCAAUUGUGAAAGAAUGCAUAGAAAGAUCAACCAGCAGAGAAUAUGCUUUGAAAAUUAUUAAUAAAAGCAAGUGUAGAGGAAAAGAACAUAUGAUUCAAAAUGAGGUGUCCAUUUUAAGAAGAGUUAAACAUCCAAACAUUGUUCUUUUAAUUGAAGAGAUGGAUACACCAAAUGAGCUCUAUCUUGUCAUGGAGCUGGUCAAGGGUGGAGAUCUUUUUGAUGCAAUUACCUCUACCAACAAAUACACAGAACGUGAUGCCAGUGGAAUGCUUUACAAUCUGGCUAGCGCUAUCAAAUACCUGCAUAGCCUUAACAUCGUGCAUAGGGAUAUCAAACCAGAAAAUCUAUUGGUAUAUGAGCAUCAAGAUGGAAGCAAAUCUCUGAAGCUAGGGGACUUUGGCCUUGCCACGGUAGUAGAUGGGCCUUUGUACACUGUCUGUGGAACACCUACAUAUGUGGCUCCAGAAAUAAUUGCAGAGACGGGAUAUGGACUGAAGGUGGAUAUCUGGGCUGCUGGCGUGAUCACUUACAUUCUGCUCUGUGGUUUCCCUCCGUUUCGUGGGCAUAGCAAUGAUCAGGAUGUCCUAUUUGAUCAGAUACUGAUGGGACACCAGGAAUUUCCAUCACCAUACUGGGACAAUAUUUCAGACUCUGCAAAAGAGCUUAUCACCAUGAUGCUUCAGGUUGAUAUAGAACAACGAUAUUCUGCACAGCAGCUACUGGACCACCCCUGGGUGAAUGAUGAUGGAUUACCAGAAAAUGAGUAUCAGCUCUCAGUGGCAGGAAAGUUACAGAAGCACUUCAAUACAGGCCCCAAACCUAACAACACCACGGCUGGAGUGUCUGUGAUAGCACUGGACCAGGGGUUUACCAUCAACCGAUCAGAGUCAUUGGACUACUACCAGCAACCAGGAAUGUAUUGGAUAAGACCACCGCUCUUGAUAAGGAGAGGCAGGUUUUCCGAAGAAGAUGCAACCAGGAUGUGAGGAGAAGCUAUGUGGUACAAACUAAUGCACCAGAACACAACUCUGAAUCUGAAGAUUACUCACCAAGCUCGUCCGAGACUGUUCGUUCACCAAAUUCUCCCUUUUAAUAAACCCUGUUCCCAUUACCAAGCUCUAAUUGCUUAGUGCAAUUUUAUAAAUCAUUUCUGAAGAAAUAAUGAAUGUUUAGUUAAUUAGCUAGGACGAUGUUGCACUGAUAUAUGAACAGUAUUGAUUCUAGCAUGGUUUAAUGGAAAAGCACAAGGCAUGUGAAGGUGUAGGUGAGUCCAGCUGCUUUGCAAUUCAGCCAUUGUCUGUAUUCUUAACUAUUUAGGUGCUGUAUUUCCCUCGCACCAUGAAAAACAUUGACAUUUUCAGUUUCUGAACUUUUUUUUUGAAAAGAAACAAGUUAUGGUGCAAAAAUUAUACUGUCGUUCAAAGGAUUCUGAAUCUCUGUGAAAGAGAAGUACUUCUCAGUAUACGAAUCCUGAAUUCUUCAAUAUAAUCAGCAUCCAAUGCAUUUUCUAAAGCAACUUUUAUCUAGGUUUCCAGAAUAAGUUGCAACAGUUAAAAUAAUUGUAACAUCCAUGGUAAGUAACCUGAUUACUCUAAAAUGUAGUACGAUAAAACUUGAUUGGACAGUACUUUACAGAGCAUAGAAUGGUGAGAUAGGUGACUAGGAUUGUAUCACUGAACAGCAGUAUUGUACGAUAUGACAAACUAAAGUAAAGCUCCACAGUUUGAUAUCUAGUUCUUAGGAAAGUAAUGAAAUUUAUGUUAGAAUACUUGUAUCAACUGUGUAAAACAUUCCUAAAAGUGAAAAACUUUCACAUGGAUAAACUUUUACAAUUGUAAAACCUCUGAGACAUCAGGCAAGAAACAUCCAAGGCCAAAAUCUUCCCCACAGACUAUUUUGUAGAACAUUGUAAAAGUUAACUCCUGUGAAAUGUCAUUGCUUUACAGUAGUCAUCAUCUGACUAUGUGUGGUGCAUAAAUACUACAAUAAAUAAACAAGCCAAAUCUGUGAAUAAAUGAUUUAUUGAAAACCAGAAGAAUACAUAAUGGAAGUUGAGUUGUUUCUUAUCAUUCUGAAAGUGGACACUCCAGAAUUUUUUGUGGCUUUGUCUGGUUAUUAAAUAUUCUGCACAAAUUUAUUUAUUUGAACACUUAAGCAAGUGUCAGAGAAUGUCAGAUCAAGAAACCUUAAACUAAAUUGCUUCUGAUACCCAUGUUUCUGAGCUGUUGGUGCAGAGCUUCCUCAGCUCAGCGCUUGAUUUUGAAGCCAGAUCUUGACCAAAGUAAGUCUCUGGACCCAGCUGCCUGUAACUGGGAUCCAGCUGUCACGGGAUUAUCAAAACCAUUGGCAGAGGUACUGGAGCUGGUA